AUGAACGAUAACAACGAGAACCUGCUACAAUUUUAUGAUGUUUAUAAAAACGGAAGAAAUAAAUGGGGGAUGGGAUUAAAUAAACUAAAUUUCCAUAUAGAUAAUUACAAAACGAGCAGAACGAAAUUAUUUUUAUAUGUACUAUGGAAUGUCAUUAUAUUUAUAUAUAUUCUUGAAUUUUUUUUGAGUUUAUUUUUUAUUUUCUAUGUCCCAUAUAGUAAUAUAAUAAAUAAAAUUAUCUUUUCCUUCUCAAUUCUGGAUUCAAUUUUAGUUAUUAUUUUAACAAGCCAAGGAAUAUAUGCAUAUUCGAAUGAUAACUCAACCAAAUUACAUAAAUGUGCAAGGUAUUUCCAUGUCUUGAGUAUAUGGUGCUUUAUAAAACUGAUGAUCUAUGUUUUUCUAACAAUAUUAUCAUUUGCCUUACUGAACAGUCCAAACAUAAAUCAUAUUUUCUAUUUAUAUGGGACCAAGGGAAUUUAUUUUAAUUAUUUCAUGGAAAUUAUCAUAACUCUCAAUAUUGUCAAGUCAGUUAUAACCUUUUUCACAGGACAAAAAAUUCAGUACAUCUCUAGAUGCAUUAGAACGUCUACAAUCUUGAAAAGUAAAAUUCGAAAAGAUCUCGAAAAGCAAUCCUUCCUAUUUGAAGAUCAUACAUACGGGACUUUCAUGACAGACUUUAGGGAAUAA